AUAUCCAUAUUCUAUAUAUAGACCAAAACCUUUUUGUCACACACCAACUUUCCCUUUGAGCUUUUUCAAAAAAAAAACCUUCCCUUUGAGUAAUCACUCACUACUAUAAUCACUUGAGAACUUUAUUACAUUUUCAAACUCAAAAUAUGGCAGCUUUUUCAUAUCAAUACCAUCCUUUCCUUGUUGACUCAUCAUUCAUGCUUAACAUGAACACUUGUUCUUCUCCUCCUUCUUCACAAUUUCACCCUCUUCAUCAAGAUAUAAUUAACUGUGUUGAUCAACAAAGCUCCAAAGUUACUACCAUCAUGAGUGAUAAUGAACCUUCUUCUGUCACUAAAAACCUUAGCCCUCAAUCCUCCAUGGUACUCGACAAACUCGAAACCAGUGAUGAACAGGUUACUCAAAAAGUUUCUCCUAUGGAGAAGAAAAGGAGAACCAGAAACAAUGGACCUUCCUCUACUAAGCAACAAUCUCAUGAUAAUAAUUUAGUAGAAGAGAGAAACAAGAAACAGAAAAAGAACAAAGAAGAGGAGAAGCCAAAAGGAGAGAAGAAAGAUCAGAGGAAGUGUUUGGAUGAGCCCCCAACUGGCUACAUCCACGUCAGAGCAAGAAGGGGUCAGGCAACUGAUAGCCACAGCCUUGCUGAAAGGGUAAGAAGAGAGAAAAUAAGUGAAAGGAUGAAGAAGUUGCAACAACUUGUGCCAGGCUGUGAUAAGGUAACUGGAAAGGCUCUUAUGUUAGAUGAAAUAAUCAAUUAUGUUCAGUCUUUACAAAAUCAAGUUGAGUUUUUGUCAAUGAAACUUACUUCUGUGAACCCUAUGUUCUAUGACAUGGCAACAGACCUAGACACUUUCUUAAUUAAACCAGAGAAAUUAAAUAACUUAGCAUCACCAUCACCACAACUAUCAUCUGUGUCACAUUGCAAUAGUCCUAAACAAGGCACAAAUUUUGGUGAUAUGAGUACUCCAACCAACAUCUUCCAAACUACUAAUGACUACCUUUUGGAUACUUCAACAUCAAUUUUUCUUCAAGGCCAGAGAACAAAUAUUCUCUCUGAGGAUGGUAGUCAUUUUUGGGAGGUAGAAGAACAGAGACAAAAAUUUCUUAAUUCACAUGGAUUCAACAACAACUUAUGUUCCUUUCAUUAAUUUAAAAUUCACAGUGAUGCAUGCCCUACAAAACUUCCAACAUGUUUGAUUUUAGCUUUUACAUUAGGUGAAGAAAUUUCCAAAAAGUAGAACAAGAGUGAAGCAGAAUUAUAUGCAUUAACGCUUUGGUAUCAAUGGAUGAAGAAGUGAAAAUGACAGAAAAUGCAGACCAAAUAUAAGACCAUAUCUUUUCUAGAUUCUUGUUCUGUUCCAGUUAUUUUUUGACUCUUAUGUUACACAAAUUCCUAGAGACUAUUGAUCCUCAGACAUUGAAAUUUAUGUCAUGUCUUUGUAAUGUAAAUUAUUGAAGUAGUGAUUCUUGUGGUGGUAGUUAUUCAUUCUGUUGGUACUUAGUACAGUUAAAUUUAUUAUUGAGAAAUGAGGGGUUGAGUAUUACAUUAUUGGCCAUGACCUAGCUAGAUUUAUGUAUAUGUACUAUCUGCAGAAUCUUCAGAGUUUCUAAAACAAUAAUAAUAAUAAUUCAUCUUCAUCA